CAGCAAGUCACCACAAGCCAAGCUCUAACACGCCCGUCAUGGCAAACAGAGGCUAUGAUGUAGUUGUCGACGUCGACCAGGAGGGCGAUCUAGGCCACACCGACCUGCAGGAGGACCUCGAAUUCCACAGCUCCAACUUCGAAACGGGCACCUCUCGCGGCGCAAAGGUCCAACCCGACUCGUCCUCGUUCCUCCCCGGCCCAGCAACUGCCUCCUCGAACAGCGGCAACCGCAAACACCUUCUCUGGACACUCUCCUUCUACGCGCAAGCCUUCGACGUCGAUACCGCCGAAGUUCUGCGCCGCUGCAAAGCAACCAUCUACCCGCGCGCCAACUUCCUUGACGUGCUUGAGGGCAACCCGGAUCUGUACGGCCCGGUGUGGAUCGCGACCACUGUCGUCGUCAUCUUGUUCCUUACCGGUACGAUUAACCAGUACCUCUCGCAUCAGGGCAAGGACCACUUCGCAUAUGACUUCAAGCUGCUGAGCGGUGCCGCGGGGCUGGUGUACGGAUACACGGGCUUGGUGCCCGUGGGUCUCUGGGGCGUGCUGAAGUGGUAUGGGAGUGAGUCGGCGAAUCUGCUCGAGUGUGCGUGUCUGUACGGAUACGCAAAUCUGGUGUGGAUCGUGGUGGCGCUCGUGAGCUUCAGUCCGAUUUCGAUCCUGAACUAUACCUUUGUCGCCCUCGGCCUCGCGUUCUCUGCCACUUUCUUGCUGCGCAACUUGUACCCUGUGCUCUCCACCACCGAGGCGAAGACGUCCAAGAUCCUGCUCGUCAUCGUUGUGGCGCUGCACGCAGGCUUCGCUAUUGCCAUCAAGGUGCUUUUCUUUGCUGCGACGAGCCCCGUGGGCCCGAACAAGGGCGAUGAUAAGAAGACGGAUCCGGCGCGAAUGCUAUUGGGUUUGUAGACUCGGUACUGGUGCGAGCUUGGCUUGGGACGCAGAUAUAGGAAGACGUAUAUCUUAGGGGCACGGCGUUUUGGACAGCUUACCUAGCGCAAAGAUUAUGAAAGGAGUGUUUCACUAAAUGAUACAAAGUUGAUUACUACCAGUCGGUUCCGAACAGCGUCCUUUCAUUAUAAUAAUCAUUACAAAAAGAC